ACAGUUAUACUUAUAGUAUACGCCUUAUAUUUACAACACAUGGAUUAUUAGUGAUACUAAACGGAUAUGUGAAAUUUGAAUAUAAACAAAUAAGCCAAAACACUGAUAUUUGGAAGUGAAAUUAUACUGUACUUUAUGUAAUUGCAAACAAAGAAAAAGGGAUCGACCAUUUUGUAAAUAUAAAAUAAAAGCAGCAUGACAAACAGGAACAGGAAAAAAUCUUCAAAAGACAAUACUGACUGCGAUGAAAUGAAUGAAUUAAAGACCCGAUUGGAUGAAGUAAAUACAACUGUACAAAACACUGAUGAUAAUAUUGAGGAUUUGAAAAAAACCGUUGAUGAUCUUAAAAAUGAGAAUUUAUUCUUACGUGAAAUCCUUGAGGUCAUGGAAGGGAGAAUUUGGAAAAUUGAACAUAAACAAGAUGAGACCGAUGAUGCUAUAGAUGAUAUUCGUGUACGAUCGAUGAAAAUGAAUCUGAUAUUUCACGGAAUAGAUAAGCCAGACAUUGAUGAACAUGUGAGUAAAAUUAGAUCUGUCCUUGUUAAUGAUAUGAAAAUUCCAAAGGAAUUUGUUCACCCACACAAGCCUUUAGAUGGCCAACCAGGUCCUGAUUGGCAAAUACAAAUAGACGUAGCUCACCCUAUAGGACAGGGACAAGGUGUUAUACCCAUGGUGGCUAAAUUUACAGAUCGUAGGGCUGUUGAAAAAAUCAUGUCUUAUGCACAUAAUCUAAAAGGCUCAAGAAUUAGUGUAUCACGUCAACUUCCCGACACACUGCGUGAUCGCAGAUCUGCUCAGAUACCUAUGUUAAAGAAGUUAAAAUCUGAAGCCAUUGACAAUCGUCGAGAUCCAAGAGAAGUCUCCCUUCACCAAGCGACACUUAAAGUGAGAGGUGUCAAGGUAGAUCCCCACUUUGAUGAGAAACCAUUACAAAUCCCAAUCACAGACCUUGACCCCAACAUUGAUGACACCUCUACAAAUCACACUAAUGUCAUCAGUCAUAGUGGAACUUCCAUACAGGGCCACGUGGCAAAGGCCAAGACUACUAAGCAAGCCGCAACAGUCAUUGGAAGAUUAUACAAAUCUCGAUCACUUGCCCGUGCUAGUCAUCAUUCUUAUGCGUACCGAGUUCCUGGAAAUACUGGCGAACUUGUAGAAGGUUUUAGCGAUGAUGGUGUUUGGGGCAUUGGUAGUGAUAUCUUAAAUUUGAUGAAAUCUAUGGAGAUUACAAACGGAGUGAUUAUCAUGACAAAGUGGUCAAAAGGGCCCUUAAAUAAACAUAACCAUGCAUCUUAUAUGAAUCAAGUGAAGGAUUGUGUCAAGCUUGGGAAUUUCAAUUGAGUUUACCUGUUAGCACAAAAUAACAGGUCCCUGUAAAUACCAGUAUAAUGUUAUUGUACAAUUAGUGAAAUCUGAUUUGAACAUAAUACCCUUAUUUACUUUUAGGGAUUAGCAUUUUCACAUUCAUUCUAACCACAGAGUCAUGUGGGUUUUAAUAUUAACAUUUCACUCAAUGGACUUCGAUUUUUAAUAAGCC